CAUGCGCUCCUCCGCAGCUUGGCCCGAGUUUCCUCCGUGCAGUUUGCAGACCGCUGGGAGUGUAUGUUGCGGAUUUGCUCCUUCCCUGCUCUCCUUUGGCUUUCCCUGCUGUCUGCCCUGCUCAGCCCCGCGAUGCCGGUGGAUCUCAGCAAGUGGUCCGGGCCCCUGAGCCUGCAGGAAGUGGAUGAGCGGCCGCAGCACCCGCUGCUGGUUAAAUACGGCGGGGCGGAGGUCGAUGAGCUGGGCAAAGUGCUGACACCCACCCAGGUUAAGAACCGGCCCACCAGCAUUGCAUGGGAUGGCCUUGAUGCAGAUAAACUCUACACCUUGGUCUUGACAGACCCGGAUGCUCCCAGCAGGAAGGACCCCAAAUACAGGGAGUGGCACCAUUUCCUGGUGGUCAACAUGAAGGGCAACAACAUCAGCAGUGGCACAGUCCUCUCUGAUUAUGUGGGCUCUGGGCCUCCCAAGGGCACAGGUCUUCACCGCUACGUCUGGCUGGUUUACGAGCAGAACAGUCCACUGAAGUGUGACGAGCCCAUCCUCAGCAACCGGUCUGGAGACCACCGCGGCAAAUUCAAGGUGGCGUCUUUCCGCAAAAAGUACGGGCUGGGGGCCCCGGUGGCCGGCACGUGUUACCAGGCGGAAUGGGACGAUUAUGUGCCCAAACUCUACGAGCAGCUGUCUGGGAAGUAGAGGAGGGCUAGGAGAUGGGAACCGUCCCCAGUGUUGCCAAGCAGUGUUUCAAGUUUAAUGAUGCAUGUAGAUUUCUCCCCUUCCCUGUUCCCGAGCUCUGAGCAGUCAGAUCUAGGUUUAGGGUGACUUUUCCUUCUACCCGUCCUAAUUCUAGAGGGUCAUACACUCUGGUUUAUGUUUAGAUCAAAUCUGACGUCCAUUUGGGGGGAUAUUUUCAUACUGUGAUGGGGUCAUCAAAAUGUUAACGUAAGAGUAGCAACCCGGAAUUUAAGGAAGAAGAAAAUUCUGGUAAAAAGACCAGGUCUAUCGUAAUAGAUUAAGAGCAUCAGAGAAUCUUCAAGGGAGGUUGAAAAAAGAUUUGUGGUGAGCGGGAGCCCAUCUUCUAGCGUGUUCUCACAGCCCUGUCUCUCACCAAGACAACCAAGGGCUGGCAUGUUCACUAACCACCCCCCACCCCCAUGUGGUACAUCUCAGGCUGGUUACUGGGUGUCAGUGGCCUGCUCUGGCUGCUUUCAAGAGCAGUACUGGAAAAGCAAUAGAGCUUUGCUUUGCUGUUGGAGCCCGGCCACCUAGAGCUGCAAGACUGGGUGAGAGGUUUAUCAGAAAUCUGAAAAUCUAUGCCUGUUAAAUUGAUUGUUCUUCUUUGGUGUAAGAAAAGCCAGCUUGGACUUGCUGAAUGUUGUGUUAAUUCUGCUAUUUGCUUAUAGUUGAAUAAAAAUAAAAACGUUGUGUGGAUGAA